AUGGAGAAGCAGAAGCCCUUUAAAUUGUUUGUACCACCAAGGCUAAGCAGCAGCCAAGUGUCUGCAGUGAAACCCCAGACCUUGGGCGGAGACUCUAACUUCUUCAAGAGUUUCAACAAAUGUAUUGAAGAUGAUUUUGGUUUUCCAUUUGCGACGACUAAUCUCUCCAAAAGUGGGGAAAAUGUUGAUCCAGAUCCUGCCUUACAAAAAGUUAACUUUUUGCCCAUGCUUGAGCAGGUCAGUUGAGCAGAUUGUCACUAUCAGGAAGGACUAAAAGACUCGGAUUAUGAGAAUUCAGAGCCAAUGAGCAGACUAUAUUCAAAACUGUAUAAGGAGGCUGAAAAGAUAAAAAAAUGGAAAGUGAAUGUAGAAUCUGAAGUGAAGCAGAAAGAAAAUAAGUUGCAAGAAAACAGAAAAGUAAUUGAAGCACAGCGAAAAGCCAUUCAGGAACUACAGUUUGAAAAUGAAAAAGUAAGCCUGAAAUUAGAAGAAGAAAUUCAAGAAAAUAAAGAUUUAAUAAAAGAGAACAAUGCUACAAGGAAUUUAUGUAAUCUACUCAAAGAAACAUGUGCUAGAUCUGCAGAAAAGACAAAGAAAUAUGAAUAUGAGCGGGAGGAAACAAGACAAGUUUAUAUGGAUCUAAACAAUAACAUUGAGAAAAUGAUAAUAGCUUUUGAGGAACUUCGUGUGCAAGCUGAGAAUUCCAGACUGGAAAUGCAUUUUAAGUUAAAGGAAGACUAUGAAAAAACCCAACACCUUGAAGAAGAAUAUAAGAAGGAAGUAAAUGACAAGGAAAAGCAGAUGUCACUACUUUUGGUCCAGAUUACUGAAAAAGACAAUAAAAUUAAAGAUUUAACAUUUCUGCUAGAGGAAUCCAGAGAUAACAUUAAUCAAUUAGAGGAAAAGACAAGAUUACAGAAUGAAAACUUAAAAGAAUUAAAUGAGAAGCAGGAUCAUUUGACAUCAGAACUAGAAGACAUUAAAAUGUCUUUGCAAAGAAGUAUGAGCGCUCAGAAAGCCUUAGAGGAAGAUUUACAGGUGGCAACAAAAACAAUAUAUCAACUCACUGGAGAAAAAGAAGCCCAAAUGGAAGAAUUUAAUAACACUAAAACUGCCCACUCAUUUGUUGUUACUGAACUUAAAACUACUAUCUGUAACUUGAAAGAAUUAUUGAAUACAGAACAGCAAAGGCUGGAAAAAAAUGAAGACCAAUUGAAAAUAGUUAACAUGGAACUUCAGAAGAAAUCAAGGGACCUUGAAGAGAUGAAUAUCUUAAAAAAUAACAAAGAAAUAGAAAUUGAAGAAUUGAAAAAAAUCUUGGCUGAAAACCAAAAGCUUUUAGAUGAAAAGAAACAGUUUGAGAAGAUUGCUGAAGAAUUAAAAGGAGCAGAAAAAGAACUAACUAGUCUUCUCCAGACCAAGGAGAAAAAAGUACAUGAUUUGGAAAUUAAAUUGACUGCCAUUGAGACAAGCGAGCAGCAUUAUUCAAAACAGGUUAACGAUAUGAAAACUGAACUUAAAAAUGAGAAGCUUAAGAAUACUGAAUUAACUACAAACUGCAAUAAACUUUCACUAGAGAACAAAGAACUUGCACAAGAAACAAGGGAUAUGGCUUUAGAACUCAAGAAACAGCAAGAAGAUAUUAAUAAUAGCAAAAAACAAGAAGAAAGGAUGUUGAAACAAAUAGAAAAUCUGAAAGAAACAGAAACACAACUAAGAAAUGAAUUGGAAUCUCUGAGAGAGGAGCUAAAACAGAAAGGAGAUGAAGUUAAAUGUAAACUGGAUAAGAGUGAAGAAAUUUGUAACAAUUUAAGGAAACAAGUUGAAAAUAAAAGCAAGUAUAUUGAAGAACUUCAGCAGGAGAAUAAAAUGUGGAAAAAGAAAAGUACAGCAGAAGGCAAGCAAUUGAAUGUUUAUGAAAUAAAGGUCAGUAAAUUAGAAUUAGAACUAGAAAGUUGCAAACAAAAGUUUGAAGAAAUGACUGACAGUUAUCAAAAAGAAAUUGAGGAAAAAAAGGUAUCAGAAGAAAAUCUUUUAGGAGAGGUUGAGAAAGCAAAAGUAAUAGCUGAUGAAGCAGUAAAAUUACAGAGAGAAAUUGAUUUACGAUGUCAACAUAAAAUAGCCGAAAUGGUGGCACUUAUGGAAAAACACAAGCACCAAUAUGAUAAGAUGGUUGAAGAAAGAGACUCAGAAAUAGGACAUUUAAAAGCCAAACAACAAGAGCAUUCAUCAGUGAAAGCAUCUUUGGAGGUUGAGCUAUCCAAUCUCAAAAAUGAACUUUCAACCUUUAAGAAGCAACUUGAAAUAGAAAGAGAAGAAAAAGAAAAACUCAGAGGAGAGAUAGAAGAGAAUAGAGUUAGUCACAAAGAAAAAAGAGACAAGAGAACACAAACAUUGGAAACACCUGAAACUAAGUAUUGGAAAGUUGAUUGUAAAGCAACUCCUCCACAAAAUAAAUCUCGAAAUUUCACAUCAACAGAUCAUGGCAAAUCCAAAGAUAAAAGGGACUGUUUGUGGACAUCUGCCAAAAAUGCUUUAUCUACACCAUUGCCAAAGGUAUAUACAGUGAGGACACCAACAAAACUUAGAAUACAGGAAAGAGAAAACAGGAAUAUACCUGCUGAAGAAAAUACUAAAAAGAGAAAAGCAGUCUUUGAAUUUGAUGUUAAUUCAGACAGUUCGGAAACUACUGAUCUUUUGAGCAUGGUUUCAGAGGAAGAGGCAUCAAAAAAACUGCACAAGAAAACUAAUUCAUCAGCUCGUUUUUAUACCAGAACACCAAAAAAGACCCCUUCAUAUCCAACAAACCCUGGAUCUACACUGAAGUUUGGAGCUAUGAGAAAAAUACAAGAGGACCGUUGGGCUAUGCUUGCUAAAACAGAUAGGCGAAGAAAACUAAAAGAAGCAGAAAAGCUGUUUGUUUAA